UAUGGAGCACGCUCCGGCGAAUUCCUUCCUCAAAGUGAUACCCUAGCAGCGAAUGGUGCCCCAUGGACCUGUAAACAAGUGACUGGGUCACCUAGGCACAUGUCUGCGUGUCAAGCGGACGAGAGUGAAACGUUUACAAGGAACUGGGGUUGCAAUAUACCAACCUAUCCGGACUUCUUAUUCAGCUUUGCGACAACUCCAGGAUACAUGGCUUGGAGGUCAACAGAGAAGGGGUCAAUCUACGUGGAAGCCAUUUGUAACGCCUUCGAAAAGAGCUUCAAUGCUGUCGACAAGGUGGACGUGACAGAAGUUUUAAAUAAUGCAGCUCGGCAAGUAGCGAUAGAAUUUGAGACGCAGUCCAGCGAUGCGGUAUUCACCAGAUGCAAACAAGCUUUAUGUUACUUUUCCACUCUGACACAAUCAUUGUACAUCACUCCACCGAAGCAGGGACCAUAAACUGAACGAGCGUAGAAAUGCGGGGUACGGAACACACGGAACGCAGCAGUUGGUUUGUGCACUUCCUCGUCCGUGUCCCUGGCUACGUUCCGCGUAUCAUUAUGUACAGGGACCAUAGUUUGGAGAACAUUAAAACGGAAUUUUGCUCGAAAUAAAAAUGUAC